CACGCGUGGACCGCCGCUGUGUCUCCCGCCGCGGAGCCCGAGACGGGCCGCGUCCGCCACCUGGCGUCCCAGCCUCGCCCUCCGGAUGCCGAGGGGAAAAUACCCUCCUUGAGGCCUCGCUGCCUUGGAAGCCCCCCUGCGCUCGUCGGGAACAUGAGUGGUCGCGCCCGCGUGAGGGCCAGAGGCAUGGCCCGCAGCCCCAGCGCCGCGGCGCCGCCCCCGCCCUCGCCCUCGCCUGCAUCUGUUGAUAUUGGCAACAAUGAAGCAUCCUCUACCAGUGGCUUCCUGGGAACAAGCAGGAUGUCUGAGAAAUGUGAAGAUGUUAUACCUUCUGGUGAUGCUGGAUGUACUUUCAUUGAAAGAGGUGGGAAAAUCAGACGGGACUUCGCAGACCUGAGUGUCUGUACCAGAGAGAAAUUGGCCCACGUGAGAGAUUGCAAAAGAGUUUCUGAGGGCAUUCCAUUUUCCCUGAUUGAACUAUUUCAGAAUUUUCAGAAGUAUGGUUCACUUUUGAUUAUCUGGAUUUCCAAGGGGCUAGGGGUUGUGCUCAUGGUCACAGAACUGUCAAGUGAAACUUCGAGAGGCAAGACUGUAAAGAUGACUAUCACUCUGACAAGGGAGCUGCCAGCAAGAUCCCCCGUGUGCAUCCAGGUCUUCAAUAUCAUCUUCAGAAAGAUCUUAAAAAAGUUGGCUAUGUACCAAAUUGGACGGAACUUCUAUAAACCUUCUGAACCAGUGGAAAUUCCCCAGCACAAGUUGUCCCUUUGGCCUGGGUUUGCAAUUUCUGUGUCACAGUUUGAAAGCAGGCUCCUGUUUACUGCUGAUGUGAGUUAUAAAAUACUCCGGAAUGAGACUGUUCUAGAACUCAUGACUGGUAUCUGCCAGGAAACUGGUAUGGCCUGCUUUACCCAGACGUGUGAAAAACAGCUGCUUGGGCUCAUUGUCCUAACAAGAUACAAUAACAAAACCUAUCGCAUCGAUGACAUUGACUGGUCGGUGAAGCCCACACACACCUUUCGGAAGCAGGACGGCACUGAGAUCACCUACGUGGAUUACUAUAAACAGCAAUAUGAUAUUACUUUAUCCGACCUAAACCAGCCAGUGCUUGUGAGUCUGCUGAAAAGCAAGAGAAAUGACAAUACUGAGGCUCGGGUGGCCCACCUGAUCCCCGAGCUCUGCUUUCUAACAGGGCUGACCCGCCAGGCAACCUCUGAUUUCCAGCUGAUGAAGGCCGUGGCUGAAGAAACACGUCUCAGCCCUUUGGGAAGGCAGCAGCGCCUGGCCAGGCUUGCUGACGACAUUCAGAGAAACAAGGAUGCUCGUUUUGAACUGGAGACCUGGGGGCUGCAUUUUGGAUGCCAGAUGUCUCUGACUGGGCGGGUUUUGCCUUCAGAAAAAAUAUUAAUGCAAGACCAUGUAUGUCAACCUGGAUCUGCUGCUGAGUGGUCCAAGAAUAUGCGAAAUUGCAAGAUUUUAAGUGCACAGUCUUUGAAUAAAUGGUUGAUUAUAUGUAGCAACAGAGAUGAAAAUGUGACCGAGGAUUUUCUGCACUGCUUGAGGAGAGUUGGAAGUUCCAUGGGAUUUAAUGUGGACUACCCCAAAAUCAUAAAAGUACAAGAAAAUCCAGCUGCAUUCCUUAAAGCUCUACAGAAAUAUGUUGAUCCUAAUGUUCAGCUGGUAAUGUGUAUCCUGCCUUCUAAUCAGAAGAGCUACUAUGAUUCCAUUAAAAAAUAUCUGAGCUCCGUCUGCCCAGUGCCGAGCCAGUGUGUGCUCACUCGGACCUUGAAUAAACAGGGAAUGAUGAUGAGCAUCGCCACCAAGAUCGCCAUGCAGAUGGCCUGCAAACUCGGAGGCGAGCUGUGGGCUGUCGAGAUCCCUUUAAAGUCCCUGAUGGUGGUCGGUAUCGAUGUCUGUAAAGAUGAAUUCAGCAAGGGGAUGGUGGUGGUUGGAUUUGUGGCCAGUAUUAACCCCGGAAUCACCAGGUGGUUUUCUCGCUGUAUCCUCCAGAGAACAACAACUGAUGUUGCAGAUUGCUUAAAAGUUUUCAUGACUGGAGCACUCAGCAGAUGGUACGACCACAACCACGCUCUGCCGGCUCGCGUAGUCGUGUACCGGGACGGCGUAGGGGACGGGCAGCUGCAAACACUGACUGAGUACGAGGUUCCGCAGCUGCUGAGCAGUGUGACGCAAGCAAGUUCAAAUGCCAGAGUCAAACUGUCGGUGAUUGUGGUCAGGAAGAAGUGCGCACCGCGGUUCUUCACCGAAGUGAGCCGGUCGGUGCAGAACCCGCCACUCGGCACCGUGGUGGACUCAGAAGCCACGCGCCCUGAAUGGUACGACUUCUACUUGAUCAGUCAGGCUGCCAGCCGGGGAACGGUUACUCCCACCCACUAUAACGUCAUCUACGACGACAACGGCUUGAAGCCCGACCACAUGCAGAGACUCACCUUCAAACUGUGCCACGUGUACUACAACUGGCCGGGCUUAAUCAGCAUCCCAGCCCCGUGUCAGUACGCGCACAAGCUGACCCUCCUGGUGGCACAGAGCAUUCACAAAGAACCGAGUCUGGAAUUAGCCAACUCUCUCUUCUACCUGUGACGACGGGAACCACGGGCGUCCCUAGAUGAGCAGUCUGAGGAGUAGUGGGUGGGUUUUGUACAAACCUGCCACAAAUGCGAGCCUGUGACCAGGGAAAGGAGACUGAGCUUACUCGUAACUUUUGGAAAAACACCCAACACAGCUUAAUCUGAAAUGGUUCAAAAGAAAUGUGUAGUGUUUUGUUUUAAAGAGUUUUCUGCUCACGGUAAAUUCUCAUGCUGGUAGAUGGAACUAAAAGGUACCAUCAUCUGUAAGUAAUUCCACAAAGCUGAAUAUCCUCUAAGAAAAUAAGUGUUUGCAAGAUGUUUUUGAUGGUAAAGAAAUGGGGUCUAAUUCCCACUCUAAAUUUUGCGGGAGUUUUGUUAAAUAAUGUAGAAUGUUUUGUAGAGUGGUUCAAAUAGUUAUUAGAAAAUAAAGAAAAUUCAGAGCAUCG